AUGGAGAAUAAAUCCGGAAUCACAGCGCACUCGGGCACACUGGAUGACCCCCAAGAGUACGCCAUCCGGCCGCAGAGUCACAGCGCGCAGGGCGAAGAGCAUCCAAAAAAACCAUGGUGGUACUCCAUUCGCGAGCCGGGCUCUGCCCUGCAAAUAGUUAGCGCAGCUGUGGUCGCCAUCGCGAUUGGUCUAGCUGUUAGCAGUACCGUUGACGAUAUCCCCUACGCGGCCCCAACCCUCAUCGAGAUCUUCGGCGCCUUAUGGCUACGCGCUUUGAGGGCUGCUGUCCUCCCGAUGAUCGUGACAUCCAUGAUCCUCGCUGUACAACGCCUCCGCGAACUUUCGAACGGAGGCCACAUUCUGGCCCGCUGGACGAUCAGCUACUACGUGCUCACCACACUUUUGGCAAUCGUGCAUAGCAUAAUCUUGACUUCUCUCGUCUGGCGACGGCUUAUGACGCAAGCGAGUUCCGAAUCGCUCAAUGUGGCCGAAGAAGAUGAGGAGACAUUCGCUGAGCGCGAGGAAACCAACAUCCCUGACGUGGUCGUGCAGAUGUUCGAGUCACUAGUUCCGUUAAAUAUCGUCGACGCCUUGGCCACAGAUAGCUUGCUGGCUGUACUCGUCACAGCCGUCGUAGUGGGGUAUAUGAUCGACAGGGAGCGCUCAUACAUUCUCAAAGCCGUUGAGGAGAUCGAAACAAUCAUUAUGAAGGUUAUCAUGAUACUAAUAAAACUCGCCCCGAUCGGCGUCUUCUUUCUGAUCCUGCCGAAUAUGUUCCGCCUUGAUAUUCGUGAUAUUGGCCAGAAUCUCGGUGUCUUAAUAGGAGGGGCGCUCUGCAACCUCGCGAUACAUCUUUUCAUCGUCCUCCCAGCGUUAUACUUCAUUAUCACGCGCAGAAUGCCUUAUACUUUCUGGCUGAGAUGCUCCCCUUCCUGGACAACAGCCUGGGGGACCGCCUCGUCCGCUGCAACGCUGCCGCUGAGCCUAAGAGUCGUGCGCCAAAACGGCGUUUCCAACACUGUGUCCAGAUUCACCGUUCCGCUGGGCUGUCUCGUAAACAUGGACGGCACGGCAAUCUACUUCCCUCUGUGCGUCGUGUUUCUCGCCGAGACACAGGGUCACAGCCUCAGCCCCACGGAUUAUGUUAUCAUCUGUCUAUUGUCGACUCUUUCUAGUAUUGGGACAACGCCUAUUCCGAGCUCUAGCUUGGUUCUUACUGUUAUGAUUGCGGGGAGUGUAGAUGUGGAGAUUACGGGCAUGUAUGCGGUCAUUAUUGCUAUUGAUUGGUUUAUAGAUCGGUUCCGGACAAUGACAAAUGUCAGUGGUGACCUCUAUGCGGCGGUGAUCAUUGAAAAGCUUAGUGGGUUUCAUGAUGAGGAUGAGGAGGACAGGGCAAUGGAUCGUGAGGUUGUUUAGUGGCAGCAUGUUUGCUUCAAGGGACCGACGGAGGGGAUGAAAGGGGGGAUUUUGGGAUGCAUUGUGGAUGCCUUCAGAAGGCAGACUUGGACAACAUGAGAUAAUCUCAGGAUUGUAUGUCUCAAAAUACUCUAGCUAUAAUCUUUAUUGAGAAAGUUUGAUCUCCGUGAAGUUUU